UUAGGUUCUGAUGACGUCGAAUGUUGUUGGCAAUGAUGGCGUCGUCCACAGAGCAGUGUCUCUCAGAGCUCAACGAGAAGGAAAUUCGGGAGAAACUGUCUCAUUGGGACACCCGAACCGAACCGAUGGCGCCGUUAACCGACAAACAGACGGACUCGAUCCUCGAGAUCCGCGCAGCCGCAGAAGAGUCUCCGAUUCCCCCUGAGCUGCCCAUCGAGGACAUCUGCAGUCUGACCUCUCGCUCUCUGCGUUCAUCUUUCACCGCCACUCUCCCCGAGUCCACAGAGGAGGUUCUUCUGCACGGCUUUCAGAUGCUGGACCUGGAGAAUGAGAGGAUCCAGACGGCUCAGCAGUUUUUCUCCUGGUUCUCAAAGCUCCAGGCUCAUAUGGAUCAAGAUGAAGCUGCCAAGUACAGGAAGACGAGGGAUGUGUUGUACAGUUAUCAGCAGCAGUGUGAUGCUAUCCUGACGGAUGUGAACGUUGCUCUGGAGCAUCUGGACUCUCUUCAGAAGCAGUACCUCUUUGUGUCCACUAAAACAGGAACGCUGCAUGAGGCCUGUGAACAGCUGCUGAAGGAACAGUCAGAGCUGGUGGAUCUGGCGAGGAGCAUCCAAGAGAAACUUUCAUAUUUUAAUGAGCUGGAGAACAUAAACACGAAACUGAAUUCUUCGACGUUAUCUGUGAACAGCGAGGGAUUUAUUCCCAUGCUCUCCAAGUUAGACGAAUGUGUAGAAUAUGUUUCGUCACAUCCCAGUUUUAAAGACCAUCCAGUCUAUCUGACUAAAUUUAAGCAGUGCCUGUCUAAAGCCAUGCAUCUGAUGAAGAGUCACACGGUUAACACCCUGCAGAAUCUCACCGCUCAGCUCACAAAGAGGGACCCGCUGGGCGCUCCGAACCUAGACAACGCCUUCACUCUCUACUACGUGAAGUUCAGAGCCGCGGCACCUAAAGUGAAGAGGCUGAUCGAGCAGGUCGAGCAGCGUUCUGGAAGAAUUCCCGAGUACCAGCAGCUGUUGGAUGAGAUUCAUCAGUGUUAUCUGGACCAGCGAGAGGUUCUGCUGGGACCCAGUAUAAACUCAACCAUGACAGACCUGACCAGCCAGAACAACAAAGACCACUGCGCUCUGGUUCGCAGUGGAUGCUCGUUCAUGGUUCACGUGUGUCAAGAUGAGCAACAGCUUUACAACGAGUUCUUCUCUAAACCCACAUCCAAACUAGACGAGCUGCUGGAGAAACUGUGUUUGUCUCUGUAUGAUGUUCUGAGACCUCUGAUCAUUCACGUGGUUCAUCUGGAGACGCUCUCUGAGCUCUGUGGGAUCCUGAAGAACGAGAUGUUAGAGGACCACGUCCAGAACAGCGUAGUCCAGCUGGGAGCGUUUGACGCAGUGGUGAAACAGAUGCUGGAGGACGUGCAGGAGCGUCUGAUGUACAGGACACACAUCUACAUACAGACAGACAUUACCGGAUACAAUCCUGCACCUGGAGAUCUGGCCUACCCUGAAAAACUGGAGAUGAUGGAGAAAAUUGCUCAGAGUCUGAAAGAGGAACAGAUGAUGUUAACGUCCAACAGCGCUUUCUCUGACGUUCAGCUGGAAGGCUCUGAGAACAAGAAGCUUCUGGUCUCUGACCCUCGGUUGCAGUGCACAGUUUCUCCAGCAGAUCUGCAUGGCAUGUGGUAUCCAACCGUCAGACGAACUCUAGUGUGUCUGUCCAAACUCUAUCGCUGUAUAGACAGGGCGGUGUUUCAGGGUCUGUCACAGGAAGCUCUGUCAGCCUGCAUCCAAUCCCUCCUCAAAGCUUCUGAUGUCAUCAAGCAGAACAAGACUCCCAUUGACGGACAGCUCUUUCUUAUCAAACAUCUGCUGAUCAUGCGAGAACAGAUCGCACCUUUUCACGCAGACUUCGCCAUCAAAGAGAUUUCUCUGGAUCUGAAGAAGACCAGAGAGGCUGCUUUUAAGAUCUUCAACCCCAUGACUGUGCCCAAAUUCUUCCGUCUCAACAGUCACAACGCCAUCCUUGAGUUUCUGCUAGAGGGAUCGCCUGAGAUUAAAGAGCAUUACAUCGACUCAAAGAAGGAAGUGGAUCGACACCUGAAGUCUGGAUGCGAGCAGUUCAUCCAGCAGCGCACGCACAUGUUUGUCGGCAGUCUGGAAGAGUUUCUCACCAAGGUGGACGCAUUGAGGACGAUGGCCGUUCAAGGUGGACCAACAUACAAUCUCUCCCAGCAGCCCUGGGCUCAACCCGCCAAAAUUAAUGACGUUGUGAUGGCGACAUAUCGGAUAUUGAAAAACAAGCUGCCCGGCACAUUACAAAGCAUGUCUUUAUACCUGGCCAAUAGAGACACAGAGUUUAUCUUGUUUAAGCCGGUCAGGAACAACAUCCAGCAGGUGUUUCAGCGACUGCAUGCCUUACUGCAGGAAGAGUACAGCGGAGAGGACCUGCAGAUCAUCGCAUGUCCUUCAAUGGAACAGAUCAAUUUGUUGUUGUCUAUGAAGUAGCCCUGGACUCUCAAGUUCUUCCGUCCUCGGACCCGCGCUGGGAGACGAGCUCAUCGUGUCGGCCCCGUCCCAAACCUCCCAGAAGGUUUAUGAGACAAACAAGUCAUUGACUUUGUCACCAAAGACAGUAUGCUGCCCAUCGAGGCCUGAAGAGUUUCGAGAUGCUUGAUGGUUAUUUUCUUCGGUUGUGGUUUUGGUACUGAAUCAACUUGUACAGAUUUAAAUGACACGAGCGCAGGAGAGAUCUCAGCUGAUGGUGAUGUGCUGGUGUUUGUCUUUGCAUUCACCGCUACGAGCUGAAGCGGACAUCAACCACGGUGUGAUGUCAAACAGACAGGAGGCUUGUCCAAGGUUUAAAGAAUAGAUAUUGACAUGGGUGAUUCUCUUUACAGGUAAAGAUGUGCAGGAUAUAUUUAUUAUUAUUUUUAUUAAGGAAUGGUUUACCCAAAAAAUCUAAAUUGUCUUUAUUUAUUCCUUGUCAUUCCAAACCUCACACAUCAGAUUAUAACUUGCUCUGUAUUCCAUAUAUUUUAUGUGAGAGGAAAAGACUUCAAACCUUCACUUCCCAAUCUUCCUCUGAAAAACUAUUUCCGUCAGUGUUUGGUUCAAAAUGGCUCAUCCAGUGCCGGAAAAGACCUUCAGUUGUGUUUUGUGUCUCACGUGAAGCUUUAGAAGACUUGCUUUUCUUGUGUUUGUAUUGUCUUUAUGGAUCCUGACAGACGUUGUGAUGUGUGCUUUGUAUAGAUAGUUUUUUUAGCGAAGACAGAAGCAGCAUUGGGUUUGGAAUGACGGGAGUAAAUAUUGACGGGUAAACUUAUCCUUUCUUCCCCCUGUAUGCACUAGACACAUCAGGCAAAUGGAUUUCUUCAUUUUUCUCUUGAUAAUGAGACAUUUGGAUGUCUUGGGAGUUCAACUAUCUAUAGUUUUCUCAGGACAAACGUCUUCAUAACUACCAAAACUCUGAAGAAGAUCGGUGAAGAAUUGUCAAGUUUCACAUAUAAUUCACUUUCUGUUUGGCGUGAAUGGUGCUUUUCUCUUUUGUACCUGAGUGAAUGUGAUCACUUCAUGAUGAUACUUUACUCACCUGAACUCAAGUAAAAAGCUCUCGUUUUAAUA